ACUGGGUUACUUUGAGAGAAGGAAUGCCCUGUUGACGACGGCCCAAUUAACAUCUGAGGUUCAGGCUCACUACAUCUCACAGGGGAUCAAGCAAGCCUAUGUGUUCAUUCUAGGAUUGGAUGUGCUAGGGAAUCCCUAUGGGUUGUACAGAGAUGUGAAGGAGGGCAUCAGUGAUCUCUUCUAUGAACCUUAUCUGGGUCUAAUCCAAGGACCAGGGGAGUUUGCGGAGGGUCUGGCCAAGGGUGUGCAAAGUCUACUUGGACAUACAAUAGGUGGAGUAGCAGAUGCAUUUGGAGGUGUAUCCGGCACCCUGGGCAAGGCCCUCUCUGUUCUCUCUUUCGAUGAGGACUACCAGAAGGUCAGUCUCAAAGACACUUGUCGUAUUACAGAUAUAGUUAUAAUGCAUCCUUAUAUUAAUUCAUUACUGGUUUUGUGAUGCAAAGCGGGCCUCAUAUAGAUUAUAAAUACACAUGGGCCCUGUUGCACAAAACUUACCAUUGAUGGUAACUUUGCCAUCAAUGGUAAGUACCAUGGUAAU